AUGUCUGAGACUUCAUCUCCAAACUUGAUCCUUAUCAAAAAUGCGACGGUCUUGACAGUGGACCCACUGACUGGUACCUUAGCAAACUCCGACAUUCUCAUCCAAGAUGACCGAAUCGUUGCGAUUGGGCAAGCCCUGCCAAACCCUUCCGAAGGCAAUGUCACUAAGAUCGAUGGCCAAGGAUGCAUCGUUACACCUGGGUUUGUUGAUGGCCACCAUCAUAUGUGGCAGCAACUUUUGCGAGGCGUUGCGACGGACUGGUCACUUUUUGACUACACUGUCAAUAUGCGUACCAUAUAUGGAAGCUUAUACACACCUGAAGAUGUCUACCUGUCUACUUAUGUUGCAGCAUUGAGUCUGAUCAACAAUGGUGUGACUUCUGUUCUCGAGCACUGUCAUAUCAUCAAUUCGCCUGAUCAUGCCGAUGCUGCUGUACGGGCACUUCAAGAUGCUGGGAUCCGGGGAACAUUCUGUUAUGGGUUCUAUGCCAACCCGCCUUUGCCCGAUCAGCUUGAUCCAAGAGGCUUCUCCUAUGCGCCACGGCUGAGUGAUGCUGCCAGGAUAAGGGACAAGUUCUUUGGUCAGAACGAUCCAGCCGAGCAACUUCUCACAUUCGGUAUUGCCCCAGAUGAGCCAGAAUCUCUGCCCAUUGAAGAGACCAUCGACCAGAUCAAGCAAUCAAGGGAACUUGGUGCACGCAUCAUCACUAUGCAUGUCGCGAUGGGACCCUAUGACUUAGCACGACGUCAGGUUGUACAGAAUCUCGCAGAUGAAGGCAUUCUGGGACCAGACCUCGUCUUUAGCCAUGGCUCAUCCUUCACCCAGAGUGAGCUUCAAGCGAUCAAGGAGUCGGGUGCUUCCAUCGUCGGCACACCAGAUACAGAAUUACAGAUGGGUAUGGGGUUCCCUAUCGUCUUCCAAGCUUCUGAUCGAGGAUGUCGCACAUGCUUAGGCAUAGAUAUUACAUCCAAUCAGGGAAAUGACUUUAUCGCGCAGAUGCGGCUCGCACUACAAGCUCGUCGAGCUCAGGAAAACGAAGAAGGGUUUCCACUUUCCAUUAAUCGCAAGACGGCAGAUGUGCUUCGGAUGGGGACACUGGGAGGCGCAGAGGUCAUAAGAAUGGAAGACCUCAUCGGUUCUAUUACAGUUGGGAAAAAGGCAGAUCUUAUCCUAGUCCGCUGUAAUGAUAUUGAGAAUACGCCGGUGGGCGAUCCAGUUGGGUCAGUCGUGUUUCAUUCUUCAGUGAAGGAUAUUGAUACAGUUAUCAUCGAUGGUAAGAUAAAGAAGCACAAGGGAAAACUGACCGUGGAUUGGGAGAGGCUGAGGGAGGAGGUCAUUCGUCGUGCAGACCGCAUCAAAGCCGACGCAGCCACGAUUGAUCUAACAGAGGCUAGGAAACAUUGGAUGGAGAUUUUCCACGUCAAAGAUGCUGCAUAA